CUAGGCAACAGCCAAAACACGGGCGGCGGAUAGCACACCCCUCUCCCAGGACCCAGAGGGGUGAUGUCACUUCCUUCACGAGGUUGGCUGCCCCAGCGACGCGUCUGGCCAAAAAACCUUGAGAGCUCCCGGCGGCAGAGAAGUCACUUCCUCUCAGAGACGCUGUUUCCUUAGCAACCGCCUCCCACCUCCGUUUUUAGUCCCGCCCCCUUGCGAAGUCCAGAACCGGGCCUCGGAGCGCUGCCCGACCAAGGCUAAGAACAGAGGCGCUGGCCCAGCUCGAGGCCAGCCUUCGAUCCCCGGGACCGUGAGGAGCCCGCCGCAGGAGUGGCGGGGCCACCAUCGGAGUUGAAUUAUUUGAAUCAUUUAUUAUACAUUUUAUAUAUGUAAAGAGUAAAAAAUAAAAUUACGGUAUGUCUGAUGAAGUUUUUAGCACAACUUUGGCGUAUACGAAGAGUCCAAAAGUCACCAAAAGAACCACUUUCCAGGAUGAACUAGUAAAAGCAAUUACAGCUCGCUCAGCCAGACAAAGGAGCUCUGAAUACUCAGAUGACUUUGACAGUGAUGAGAUUGUGUCCUUAGGUGAUUUCUCUGAUACUUCAGCAGAUGAAAAUUCAGUUAAGAAAAACAUGAAUGAUUUUCACAUAUCAGAUGAUGAUGAAAAGAAUUCCCCAAGACUGUCUUUUUUGAAAACCAAGAAAUCAAAAAGUGAUGUAAUCAAAGGUGAGCUAGUAUCCUCCAUCAAAAACAAUGAGGAAGUAUCACCCGAUGGUUGUGAAGACACUGUUGUAAAUUCCUUAUCUCAGCCUCAAAAUAAAAAUCAGGAAGUUGAAAAAGAGAAAAUGCAAGUGAAACCGAAACCCAGAAUUCUUCCAAUCAAAAGCAUAUCUUCAGGUCAUUUAUUUGGUUCAGAAAGCAACAGCCUCGACACAGAUGCCCACUUUAAACCUUCACCUUGGCCAAGGAGCAUGUUAAAAAAGAAUAGCCCUGGAGAAGACACAGUAGGAGAAGAUAAAGAAAUUAUCCUCGAUGAAGAAUUAGACACACGUUCUGCACCUUGUUCCCUCCCAGAAGCUGAGAGAGGAUCCUCCUCUGAAGACCUGGAUCCCAAGGGUCCAUCGUUAACAAGUCCAUCAUUGUCAUCCUUUAGAGAAAGUCUCGGAGAUUCUUUUUCGCCAGAAUCUGGGGAAAAAACAUCCAUUACAGAUCAGAAUGAAGAAUUCACUGAAAACUGCGAUUCCUCGAAAUCAAAAGAAAACAAAGAGAAUUCAUUUUUGAUAGACUUUGUUCCUUCUGCACUUGAGAAACCCAAGCAAAGCCCAGUGACUGCUGAUGCCCUUGAAGGAGAAAAGGAGGAAGCUGAACUGAUGAUAGGUGAUGACUUAACACCUGAUCCACUGCUAUUUAAAUCUCAGAGCGUCCUGACAGCUGUCGGUGCAACGGAAUCUGCAAAGAAAAUAAUCGAAGAUAGAAAUAUAAAGAAUAAAAACUCAACAAAUAACAGAGCAUCCAGCGCAUCUGGCAGGUUAAUGACCUCUGCAUUUUUAAAGAAACCUGGUUCUAUAAGGCAAACUCAGUCGACAGCUACGUCUUCUCACUAUUUAGGGACUUUGAAAGUCUUGGACCAAAAGCUCUCACAGAACCAGAGCAGAGAGCCUGACAAAGCGGAUGAUAUAAGGGCAGCUGUUUAUCAGGACUGGUUAGAAAAGAAAAAUGUGUAUUUAUAUGAAAUGCACAGAAUCAAAAGGAUUGAAAGUGAAAACCUAAGGAUCCAAAAUGAACAGAAAAGAGUGGCUAAGAGAGAAGAAGCAUUAGCAUCAUUUGAAGCUUGGAAGGCUAUGAAAGGAAAGGAAGCCAAGAAAAUGGCUGCAAAACAGAGGCUCGAGGAGAAAAGCAAGAAGAAAACUGAAGAGGAAAAUGCUGUGAGGAAAGGAGAAGCAUUACAGGCUUUUGAGAAAUGGAAAGAGAAAAAGAUCGAGUAUCUUAAAGAGAAAAGUAAAAAGGAAAAAGAAUACGAAAGAGCAAAGAAGCAGAAAGAGGAGGAAACUGUUGCUGAGAAAAAGAAAGAUAACUUGACGGCAGUUGAAAAAUGGAUCGAAAAAAAGGAAGCAUUUUUCAAGCAAAAGGAAAAAGAAAAAAUAAAUAAGAAAAAAAAGGAAGAACUGAAAAGAGCUGAGAAAAAAGAUAAAGAUAAGCAAGCUCUUGAUGAGUAUGAAAGAUGGUUGGAAAAGAAAGAAAGACAGGAAAGAAUUGAACGAAAACAAAAGAAACGUCAUUCCUUUCUUGAAAAUGGGACACUUCCUCCAUGGAGCCCUCCAAGUAGAACUGUAUUCUCAAAAGUGUUUUAAUACCUCCAGUUCUUAUCUAGUUAUUAUUUAUCAAAUAGCUGUUAUAGCCAUGAGUUGAAAACUAUUUGUUUAUUUAUAGCCAGAACAAUCAAUUUUCAUUCACUGCCAGAAACGUCUGCUGACAGUGGAAAAGAUACUGUAGAGUUUACCUAGUGAACUAUAGAUAAACAAACUGCUUCAGAUGAGAAGCUAAAUAGAUAACUCUAUCACGUCCAUUAAAAUAUAUAACUCCUUAUCAUGUUCUGGUAAUUCUUACAGCUAGAUGGUACACGAUUAUUUUCAUUAAGUUAUAUAUGUUAUUGAAGUGUGCUUAAUUCCAAGAGUAAAAAGGAAAUCAUCUUGGUGCCAUCAUCAUAGAAAAUAAUUGAAGUUUUGAGUGAUUGUGUGUCUAGAUAGUUUCAGGCUUUAAAAUGAAUAGUCAUUGGAAAGCAGGCAUGUAUUAUUUCUUUUAAAACUUACCUUUAACUCAAAGCAGUUGCAUUUGCACUGAAAGUUAUAAUUUUGGCCAAUGGAAGCAGUAGUUCAGGAGAACGAUAAUCAUAGAAGGAUUUUAAUUUAGGAAUUUUUGCCUUAUAUUUUAAAAUGAGUGUACUUUAUCUGUUCCAGGCUUAAGUGACAAUCAUAGGCUCUUUAUAGUGAGUCCACCACAGAAAUUUUUCUUUUUAUGUUCUAUCUCUGUUUAUCAUCUCAGUGAUACCAAAAGAUGUCCAUCUCAUGGUAGUUAUAUACUUACACAUUUGUUAUGGAAAUUCCACAGGAGUUGAAAGGUGCUAUAACUAUUAUUAUUUUCCAGAAUAAAGCCAGAAAAGUGAUUAAGGCAAUUAUUGUCUUAAGUAAUCCAGACUCUCACAGUUUAUAUUUAGGUGAUAGCUGCAUGGGAAGGUAAAUUUGCAGAAAAUGUCUGAAGAAUCUUUAUUUACUUUCUGUCUGCAUAUCCUGUAUUAAUUGGUCUCAUACUUGACCUUGACAGCUAAUUUAUGGCAGGUCAACUGUAUGCUUUCAGAGUUAAAAUGCUGCUUUAGCCAAUAAUGAAAUACAGAGAUGAUGGGUGAGAAUUAACAGUGACUAUUGUAUCCUUUCUGAUGCGUCUUUACAAGUGUAGUUUCUCAUCUUUACAACAAUCAGGGUUAAGUGUUACUAGCUUCAUUUUACAGAUAAAAAUACCUAGGCUCGGAGAAAUUAGGUAACUUGACUAACUGAUAGGCUUAGACUGAUUAAAUCCGCCUGAGUCUGCCUACCUCCAGCAUCAGUGUGCUAUUCUUCAUGCUCCCACAUGGCCUCAGAGAACUGUAGGUUCUGUUAAGACCACUGUAUUAAAUAUGAACUUUACAAAACCAUUUUAACUCUCAGGACCCAUACCUCACACUGUAUACAAAAACUAAUUCAAAAUAGAUCAAAGACCUAAAUAUAAAGACCAAAACUAUGAAGUUCAUAGAAGAAAAAAUAGGAUCAGCACUAGGGCCCUAAUACAUGGCAUUAACAGGAUACAGACCACAACCGGAAACACACAAACUCCAGGAGAUAAGCUACAUAACUAGGAUCUUCUAAAAAUUAAACACUUAUGUACUAAUCAGGACUUAAAUGUUCAUUGUUGUCAUCAUUUAUUUGGUAGCAUGAGCCCCACUUUUCAUCACUUAAUGUAUGUAGAUGUAGGCUAACAUAGGGUUGAUAAUGGUUAUUUGACAUUGAUGUUUUUAGCAUACAAGAAUUCUUUGCCUCCUUGGCCAGUCUAGGCCCUACUACUCAGGAGGGUAGUAGGGCCUAUAUUAAACCAAAAAGACCCAAACCAUUGCUGUCUAGUAGAUUUCACUCAUAGUGACCCUAGAGCACAGAGUAGAACUUUCCCAUAGAAUUUCCAAGGAAUGGCUGGUGAUUCGAAGUGCUGACCUUUAGGUUAGCAGCCAAAUGCUUAACCACUGCGCCACCAAGGCCCUAUGAUAGGGCCUCCUAAAAAAGAAAACAAAAUACUAAUUUUUAAGGUUGUUUGUAAGGUAGGAUGAGAUGGGAAAUUGAGGUGUUUGGAAUGGUCCAACAUGUCAUUUCCCUCAGAUAUGAACGGGGAUUUUUGUCUUAUUCCAGUAAAUAAUAACAUUAUUUCUCAUCAACAGCAGCUUGUGCUGAAAUUAGUUGAAUAAAAUAACCGCUCCUGUAUCAAAAUAGGAGCCCUGGUGGCACAGUGGUUAGGCUGCUAAAGAUUUUAAAAAUUACCUGGUCCAAACUAAGUUGGAGAAAGUAAUUUCCAAAGACUGACUUGCCCAAGUUCAUAUAACUAACUGUAAGGAAUCUAGACUCAACUCAGGUAUCGUUUCCCAGUUGUAUUCUGCCCACCGUUCCACACUUUCGACAAUAUGAUAAAGCUUUCACUGUAACUUUGUUACUGUAACCAUUAUUAAUUUAGGUGAUUUUUGUUGUCUCACCUGUGCCCUUCUUCCUCCACUUCCUUCUCUGUAACUAUCCACCAGAUCAAAGCUAUUCAGGAGCCUACACUACCAGGUAAAGUGUGGGAAAAUACUAGCUUCUUAAAUUUUGAUCAUUGUCAAGAUGCAGCUGAGAAAAGAAAUUUCACAAAAUGGAAUAUAUUGCAUGUUAGAAUAGUUCUCAAGAAUAAAUUAGCACAGGAAACUUAGAUUUCCCUAAUUUAAUCUUGGCUCUGAUUUCAGUAGUGCUGUAUCAAAGGCGUUUAAACAUAUCUGCUUCCAUUCUACACAAAGUGAAGAUACUAUAUAUCAACUUUCCUGCUCCCUGGUUACUUUGACAGAUAAAAUAAUAAAUGCAAUGUAAAUGCUGGAAACCCUGGUGGCGUAGUGGUUAAGUGCUAUGGCUGCUAACCAAGAGGUCAACAGUUCAAAUCUGCCAGGCGCUCCUUGGAAACUAUGGGGCAGCUCUACUCUGUCCUAUAGGGUCACUAUGAGUCGGAAUCGACUCAGCGGCAGUGGGUUUUGUAUGUAAAUGCUAACCUGGGGAUUUCCCUGAGCCCUUUUACAUUAAAUUUCAUGUGGCUCUAUUAUUCUGAAGUAUGUGUGUUCCAUGUAAUUGCGUAAUAUUGGGUGAACAAAUUUCUUGGUCUUGUAUUUAGGAUGCUGUUUUAAGAAUUAUUUGGAAAGAUGUAUUUAAUGUCUGCUUCUUUACUAGCAUGUUUUCAUGCAGUGCUUGUUAAAAUCAGCCGUUCAGGUUUAAUUUUGUUGGGUGAUAUGUUUGGCUGUGUGCCACAAUUUUAUUUCAUAGUGUUAAAAAAUGUUGUGGUGUUAAGUUUUAUUUGUGGACUAAGGUAAAACAUAAUGAUACACCUUCCAUUAUAAAUGACUGAAAAUUUGUA